AUGUUGUCGAUGAUGGCAUCGUCCUCGUCUGUCUCUGCGUCGACUGCUGCGCGCAAUAUCGCUCGCGGUGGUGCCACAACGACACGUUCCGGGAGGGUUCCGAUUCGAUCCGUUCUCAACGACAGAAACUCACUUCUCGUAGCGAAGAAGAUAAACACCACCAACACCAUUAGCAGAAGAAAAAGAAACAACCGAGGCGAGUUAGUCGUGUCUAACGGCUUAUUCGGCCUCGGUUUACCCGAGCUCGUCGUCAUCGGCGGCGUGACCGCGCUGUUAUUCGGGCCGAGUAAACUCCCCGAGUUGGGGAAAUCGUUGGGGAAAACCGUGAAGAGUUUUCAAUCCGCCGCGAACGAAUUCAACGAAGAGUUGAAGAAAGAAGUGAAAGAAGGUGAAAAGGAGAACGAAGGAGCGAAGAAGGAAGAAGAAGAGGAGAAGUGA